GAGAUGAACAUCCAGCAAUUUAAAGAAAUUGUGGUGGUCGUGUCUAAAUUCCCAUUACCACUUACCAGCUUUUGAGAAUAAUCUCUGCAAAUUAAGAUUGGAAAGGGAUACCAUGGAUGAUGCUAAAAGACUCUUCCUGAAUUCUUUGCUCAUGAUCCAUCUAUUCACUUCAUCUUUCUGUUCUCGUACCUCCGACAUCGUUACCAUUAACCAAACCAUCAAAGAAGGCCAACUUCUAAUCUCUAAAGAAAAUCAUUUUGCUUUAGGAUUUUUUAGCCCCGGCAAUUCCAGAUAUAGAUAUCUUGGAAUAUGGUUCCAUAAAAUACCAGAACAAACAGUGGUGUGGGUGGCAAACAGGGACAAUCCAAUCAAUGGUUCCUCAGGAGUUCUCUCAGUUAACCAUCAUGGAAAUCUCGUUCUCUAUGGUGAUCAUAACCAAAUAUUUCCUGUAUGGUCUGCAAAUGUUUCGGUGGAAGUAGCAGAUGCUUGUGAAGCUCAGCUGUUGGACACUGGGAAUUUGGUUUUAGUCCACGGAAGAAAUAAAAGAAUUGUGUGGCAAAGCUUUAAUUAUCCCACAAAUACCCUGCUACAAGGAAUGAAGAUUGGUGUGAACAAGAAAACAGGUCUGGAAAGGUUCCUUACUUCUUGGAGAUCAGCACAUGAUCCAGGAACCGGAGACUAUUCAUUUAGGCUCAACCCGAGUGGCUCACCAGAGUUUUAUCUGUACAAGGGUGCCAAACAUUAUUGGCGAACCAACCCAUGGCCUUGGAGAGAAUAUGCAGAAGCCUUCAAUUACAGUUUUGUUAACAAUCUAGAAGAGAUAUAUUUCGCCUUCUCUAUUGACUACUCUUCCGUUAUCCUAAUAGCAAUAGUGGAUGAGUCGGGAUUGCUCAAGCGGCUAACUUGGCAUGAGAGUGACGGCCAAUGGAAGGAAUACUGGUCAGCACCUAAGCACAAGUGUGACUCUAUUGGACGGUGUGGUCCUAACAGUCUGUGUGAUCCUUACAAUAUUACUAGCUAUGAAUGUGCUUGUUUACCUGGGUAUGAACCCAAGUUCCCAAGGGACUGGCACCUAAGAGAUGGGUCAGGCGGGUGCAUUAGAAAGCGACUGAAAUCUUCUUCAGUCUGUGGACAUGAAGAAGGGUUUGUGAAACUGUCAAUGGUUAAGAUUCCUGUUGCUUCAGCUGCAGUCUGGGUGGAUAUGAGUAUGAGUCAGAUGGACUGCGAAAAAGAGUGCAAGAAUAAUUGUUCCUGCUCUGCAUAUGCAAGCAUACCAAUUGCAGGGAAAGAAACUGGUUGUUUGGCAUGGUAUGGGGAAUUAAUAGAUACAAUAUACCAUAUUGAUUAUGGAUAUGAUUUGCAUGUUCGUGUUGAUGCUAUUGAAUUAGCUGAGGAAGCUAGAAAAUCACACUCCUCUCUUAAAAUGGAGGGGAUGCUGCCCAUUCUGGUAUCGUCUGUUGCAUCAGUAUGGUUUGCCAUUGCCAUAUUUGCCUAUUUAUGGCUAAGGAGGAGAAGAGUGAAGAAUAAAAGGAACAGGAGAUCAAUUGAUCUACUCAGUGGUUACAAAGAUACUUUGAUUGCAAAUGAGGUAGAAGACAGUAGUAAGCAUCCAGAUUUGGCCUUUUUAAGUCUCAGCACUAUAUUAGUUGCCACUGACAAUUUAUCUCCAGCUAAAAAAAUAGGACAAGGUGGUUUUGGCUCUGUUUAUAAGGGUCAGCUAAGAAAUGGACAGGACAUUGCUGUAAAAAGACUAUCAAAAAAUUCAGGACAAGGAAUAGAAGAAUUUAAAAAUGAAGUUAUGUUAAUUGCCAAGCUUCAACACCGGAAUCUUGUGAAACUUCUAGGAUGCUGUAUUCAGGGAGAAGAACGAAUUUUAAUUUAUGAAUACUUGCCAAAUGGAAGCUUAGAUUUGUUUCUUUUUGAUCACACAAGAAAGUCUUGUUUGAGUUGGAGUAAACGCUUCAACAUUAUUGUUGGAAUUGCUCGUGGAAUUUUAUAUCUUCACGAAGACUCAAGGUUGAGAGUUAUCCAUAGAGAUUUAAAAUGUAGCAACAUUCUCUUAGAUGCAGAGAUGAAUCCCAAGAUUUCAGAUUUUGGAUUGGCAAAAACACUCAAAGGUGACCAAAUUCAAUACAAGACAAGCAGAGUUGUUGGAACUUAUGGGUAUAUGUCGCCUGAGUAUGCAGUAUUUGGAAAAUUUUCUACUAAGUCAGACGUCUUCAGCUUUGGAGUUAUACUAUUGGAGACUUUAAGUGGCAAGAAGAGCAAUGGUUUUAUUCAGGAUCCUUCUCUGAGCUUGAUAGGACAUGUGUGGGAGUUAUGGAGACAAGGCAAAGCACUGGAGAUCAUUGAUUCAUCUCUGAAAGAUUCAUAUAAUUCUGAUGAAGCCUUGAGAUGCAUUCAAGUUGGACUCUUGUGUGUUCAAGAAGAUGCUUUGGAUAGACCAACGAUGUUAAAAGUUGUUCUAAUGCUGAAUAGUGAAAUUGCUCUUCCUUCUCCAAAACAGCCUGCCUUCGUUUUCAGAAAAUCUCGCAGCAAUUCUAACUCUUCACUAAUGGGGGAUGACGGAUCUGCAUGCUCUAUUAAUGAUGUGACGAUUACCGUUGGUAGCACUCGCUAAUUUCAUAUCAAUUCAUUUUAUAGAGAUUUAUUAUUAUCCAGGCAUUAAUUCAUUUAAUUUUUCUGUUUCAUAAACGAGUCUGGUAUAGUCGUGAACAAAGAUCUAUAAUUCAUGGAUGCUAAAACACUUUCUUUGUAUUAUGUUUUACUUGGACUCCACACAUUCACAUUUUGUAUUUCCACAGACACCAUUACCAUCAACCAAACCAUCAGAGAAGGGGACCUUCUGAUUUCCAAACAAAAUAAAUUUGCACUGGGAUUUUUUAGGCCUGGCAAUUCCAGCUAUAGAUAUCUUGGAAUUUGGUUUUAUACACUACCAUUGCAAACUGUUGUGUGGGUGGCCAACAGGAACCAUCCAAUCAUUGGUUCUGCAGGUGUUCUUUCCAUCAACCAAUAUGGAAAUCUUGUUCUAUAUAGUAAUAGAGAUGAAGAAGUUCCAGUAUGGUCUACAAAUGUUUCAAUGGAUGUAGCAGAUGCUUGUGUAGCUCAGCUCUUGGAUUCAGGAAAUUUGGUUCUGGUCCAAGGUAUAAGUAGAAGAAUCGUAUGGCAGAGCUUUGAUUAUCCUACUAAUACUUUGCUACCAGGAAUGAAACUUGGGCUUGACCGGAAAACAGGUCUGAACUGGUUCCUGACAUCGUGGAGAUCAACAGAUGAUCCUGGAACUGGUGUCUACUUACAGAAGCUCAACCCAAUUGGCUCACCACAAUUUUUUCUGUACGAGGGCUCCAAACCGUACUGGCGAGGCUCACCAUGGCCAUGGACAGGAAUACCAAAUAUAUACAACUACAGCUUCGUUAACAAUGAAGAAGAGAUAUCCUUUUCCUACUCUCAUGAUGAUAGUUCUGUUCUGUUUCGAAUGGUGCUGGAUGAAUCAGGAAUGCUCAUGUGGCUUUCAUGGCAUGAAAGUGAUGGUCAAUGGAAGGAGUUCUGGUCAGCAUCCAAGUAUCGUUGCGAUUCUUAUGGUCGCUGUGGUGCUAAUAGCAUGUGUGAUCCUAACCAUGUCAACACAUUUGAAUGUUCUUGUUUACCUAAUUACAAACCCAAGUCCUCAAGAAACUGGGUUCUGAUGAGAGAUGGAUCAGGUGGCUGUGUUAGGAAGCGACUGAAAUCUUCAUCAAUGUGUAGGCAAGGGGAAGGGUUCGUGAAAGUGCCUCAGGUUAAGGUUCCUGAUACUUCAGUAGCAGUUUGGGUGAAUACGAGCAUGACUCGGGUGGACUGUGAACGAGAAUGCUACAAGAAUUGUUCAUGCUCUGCCUAUGCGAGCAUAAAAAUUCCGGGGAAAGAGGUUGGCUGCUUGGCUUGGUAUGGGGAUUUGAUGGACAUAGUGGAUCUGAAGGACCAUAGCGGCUACGAUGUGUAUGUUCGAGUUGAUGCAAUUGAAUUAGCUGAGAUUGCGAGAUCAAAUGGUUUUCUUGAAAUGAAGGGGAUGCUGGCCUUUCUGGUAGUUUCAGUUUCAUCAGCAUGGUUUGCCAUUAUCAUAUUUGCCUACUUGUGGCUAAGGAAGAGAAAGAAAAGAGCGAAGAAUAAAUCCAAGAAAAGACUGUUUGAUUCUAUCAGUGGUUCACACUAUUACAAAGAUACUUUGGAAGCAAAUGAGUUCCAGGCAAGCAGGAGUCAUCCAGACUUAGCAUUUUUCAAUCUUAGCACCAUAUUUGCGGCCACUGAUAAUUUUUCCCAAGCUAACAAAAUUGGACAAGGUGGUUUUGGUUCUGUUUAUAAGGGUCAGCUAACUAACGGAAAGAAGGUUGCUGUAAAAAGGCUAUCAAAAAAUUCAGGGCAAGGCAUAGAAGAAUUUAAAAAUGAAGCUAUGUUGAUUGCCAAGCUUCAACAUAGGAAUCUUGUGAAACUUCUAGGAUGUUGCAUUCAGGGAGAAGAGCGAAUUUUGAUUUAUGAAUACUUGCCAAAUGGAAGUUUGGACUUGUUUCUGUUUGAUGCAACAAGAAGUUCAUUCUUGAAUUGGAGUAAACGCUUCGAAAUUAUAGUUGGGAUUGCACGCGGAAUCUUAUAUCUCCACCAGGACUCAAGGUUACGAAUCAUCCAUAGAGACUUAAAAAGCAGCAACAUCCUCUUGGAUUCAGAGAUGAAUCCAAAAAUUUCAGAUUUUGGAAUGGCUAGAAUACUUGAAGGUGACCAAAUACAACACAAGACACAGAGAGUUGUUGGGACAUAUGGCUAUAUGUCACCAGAAUAUGCUGUGUUUGGAAAAUUUUCAAUAAAGUCUGAUGUAUUUAGUUUUGGAGUAAUAUUGUUGGAGAUUAUAAGUGGCAAAAAAAGUAAUGGCUUCCAUCCAGAGGAUCCUUCCCUAACCUUGAUAGGACAUGUGUGGGAGCUAUGGAAAGAAGGCAGAGCAUUGGAGAUAGUUGACUCAACACUAAAGGAAUCAUACAAUUCCCAUGAAGUCAUGAAAUGUAUUCGCAUUGCACUCUUAUGUGUACAAGAAGAUGCAAUGGACAGACCAACUAUAUCAGCAAUUAUUCUCAUGUUGGACAGUGAAAUCGAUCUUCCUUAUCCAAAACAACCUGCUUUCAUUUUCAGAACUUCUUGCAGCAGUUCACCAAUAUGGGAAGGACGAAGUUCUAUCAAUGAAGUGACAAUCACUGAAACUGUAGGUCGCUGAUUGAAGAGUAAAUGCUUUCAUAAACGUUAAAAUUCUAAUUGUGCAGAAUUUUAUGAUACCUCAUGUGACUUUUUGUUAGACUAGCAUAACAUCCAUCAUAAUCACCUGUGUACCUAUCCGUAGCAGUAAGUCUGAUUCUUGAAUUUUUUUUCUGGUUGUUUUCAGGGUUUUAGAGGCAUUGAGGGGGAAAAGAGAUCUUAAAUGAUUUUUUGUUUAUAUUAUUAUGGUGUAAUUGGUCUUUUCUUUAUUUCUUGCUUCCUAUUCUUAUAUGAAUUGGAUGCUUCUAGUACACUGAAAAUCUCUCUGGUGUCCUAUCACAGAUUUUGUAGACCUUGAAAAAUCUUUUUAGAACUCUGAUAAGUAUGAACCUUUUGGCUUGGAGGUCAAGCUAGAAGAGGAUUGGAGAAUUGGAGAGCCAAGUUGAUAUGUUUAUUAUUGUCA